AGAAUUUUAAUCAUAUACACAAUUUAAAAUAUCACCAGUCCAAAGUGAAACAUCCUGCAAUAAUAAGUAACAUUGGCGAAGCAAAAACAAGAAAAACUUAUCGUUGUGCAUUGUGUUUACAUACUGCUUCAAAAUUAGAAUUAAUUGAUCAUUAUCAAUCAUCCCAUGACAUCAAAAUGGAGAAGAAGCUACUAGAAUUUAACACUAUUCAGGAAUUUGAGUUAUGGAAAAUGGAUAUUGAAAAAUAUACGAAAUCAUCAUAUGUCAAAGAACAUGGUACUUAUAAAAGUAAAUCUUUUACUAGGACUACAUUUGUGUGUCACAGAUCUGGGUGCUAUAAGAGCAAAGGAAAGGGUGAAAGACACUUAAAACUCCAGGGGACUAAUAAAAUAAAUGCUUUUUGUACCGCUGCAAUAAAAUUAACUGAGACACAGGACAAAUGUAAAAUAGAAUUUUUAGAAACACACCUUGGCCAUGAACAUGACUUAGGGAAUUUAUUUCUUUCCAAAUUGGAUAAAGAAACAAUAGCAGCUAAACUUGCAGCAAAAAUACCAAUGACUGCUAUCUUAGAUGAAGUAAGAGACUCUGUAGCAAGCGAAGAUCUAGAACGUUUACAUCUAUUAACACGUAAAGAUUUGUACAACAUAGAACAGCAAUAUAACUUAAGUUCAACAGCUGUAAGACACAAAAGUGAUGCAGUAAGUGUACAAGCCUGGGUGAAUGAAGUUAAAGAGAAUGGAUGUGUUUUGUUGUAUAAACCACAGGGUGAAAUUAUAGAUUUGUAUGAUUUAAAGGAAAAUGAUUUUAUGUUGGUUAUCAUGAAUGAAGGUCAAAACCAAAUGCUAAGAAAGUAUGGACAAGAUUGUAUUUGCAUCGACUCAACACAUGGACUUAAUGCUUAUGGGUUUGAACUCCAUACUUUGUUAGUACUAAAUGAGAUAAGGGAAGGAUUUCCAUGCUGUUUUUGUAUUACAAACAGGUCAGAUGUGGAAGCUAUGAAAAUAUUUUUUUCUGCUAUUAGAAAAAAAAUUGAUUUUGCUAUUCAACCCAGAGUAUUUAUGUCGGAUAUGGCUGAUUCAUACUACAAUGCCUGGAUUCAGGUGAUGGAAGCUGCUACUUUUAGGUUGUACUGUACGUGGCAUGUAGAUCGGGCUUGGAGAAAAAACUUAAGCAAGAUUAAUUCUAAAGAAAAAAGGGACAUUAUCUACAAGCAGUUACGUACCUUAAUGCAAGAAACGGACGAAAAGGCAUUUGAUGCAAUGCUUGCCAGUUUUUUGGAAUUAUUGCUAACCGAUCCAGAGACACAGGAAUUCUAUGAAUAUUUCCUUAAAUAUUAUACAAAUAUUUCAAAAUGUUGGGCCUAUUGUCAUAGAAUGAAAAGUGGUCUAAAUACCAACAUGCACAUAGAGCGCAUGCACAGAACAAUAAAAUACAUAUAUUUAAAUGGAAAACAUACAAAACGACUGGACAAAGCUAUAUCUGCUAUAUUAAAAUUUGUCAGAGAUAAACUUUUUGAUCAAGUUAUUAUCAUAAACAAAGGAAAGCUUUGUUCUAAAAUUAAUAGUAUUAGGUCAAGGCAUAUAAAAAGCAACAGUUUAAGUUUUGAAUCUAUACUACCCCAUGAAGAAGGUUGGCAAAUAUUUUCAUCAACUUCCAAGGAUUUUUAUUACAUUCAUGAAGAAAACAAAAAUUGCCAAUGCAAACUAAUUUGUACUGAUUGCAAUAUAUGCUUUCACAGAUUCUCGUGUACUUGCCUCGAUUCAAGUAUUAAAUGGAAUAUGUGUAAACAUGUUCAUUUAUUGUCAAAAUAUCUCAAGACCCUUCCUUUUGCUGAAGAAGAUAUAUUUGAAAAUUCAGAUUCAACACAGGAAUUACAAAUUGAUUUAGAAAGAGGGGAUAUUCAAGAAUCAACAUCUGCCCUAGCUACAAGCCUUGUACCCCAAAGUAAUGUCCAGAGCUCUUUAAUUUCAAGGAAAGAAAAAAUUAAGACCGAAAUUUUGGAUAUAUUGAAUAUUUUGGAAAGGGUCGAUUCUCAUGCAGAAAUAGAUGUUAUUCAAAAAGCUUUAUGUCCAAUUAAACCAACACUAGCUGCCUUGAAACAGCCAGUAAUAGUAUCUUUACCCCAGACAAAAGAAAAAGUUAAUGAGAACAAAAACAUAACUCCUCAAAGAAGAUUUUUUCCUACCAAAAAGCAGAAAAAAGUUCUACAAAAAAACAAAAAACCAGUUCCUUCUGAAGCGAAUUCUAUAUCUCUUCAACUUUUAAAUAAAAAUAUACCCUAAAAACUUACAUUUGAAUAAUGUUAUGAAGUUUUAAAAUAUACUUUAUCGCAACAAUUAGAACAUUUGAUG